CCAGCUAAAAAAUAAAUAAAUAUUGGUCUGAAUUUGGGAAAAGGGUACAGUGAAAGUGCAAUUGCAAAUCGGCGAAAAUAAGAAGAAGAAGAAGAAGAAGAAGAAGAACGGUAACAAUGGCGUCGUCGUCGAGCAGUGGACUAACGUUCAAGCUACACCCACUGGUUAUAGUCAACAUAUCCGAUCACUACACCAGGGUUAAGUCUCAGAUGCAACCACCACAUCUUUCUUCCGAGUGUCACGCCAACAACAACGCCAACGCCAACGCUGCCUCCUCUGAUGCAGCCCCUUCUUCAUCGUCCCCUCCAUCAUCUACACCUCCUAGGGUCUACGGCUGCGUUAUCGGAGUCCAGAGAGGCCGUACCGUCGAGAUCUUCAAUAGCUUCGAGCUUCUCUACGAUUCCACCACUAAUUCCCUCGACCGUGCUUUCCUCGAGAAGAAGCAAGAACUCUAUAAGAAGGUUUUCCCUAACUUUUACGUACUUGGUUGGUACUCCACUGGAAGUGAUGCUCAGGAAUCAGACAUGAACAUUCAUAAAGCUUUGAUGGAUAUUAAUGAAAGCCCUCUUUAUGUUCUCCUCAAUCCAUCGAUCAACCAUGCUCAAAAGGAUCUUCCAGUUACCAUUUUUGAGAGUGAGCUGCAUGUCAUAGAUGGGAUUCCACAACUAAUUUUUGUUCGUUCAAGCUAUACUAUUGAGACAGUAGAAGCAGAAAGAAUCUCAGUUGAUCAUGUUGCUCAUCUUAAACCUUCGGAUGGAGGUUCCGCUGCAACACAAUUGGCUGCUCACCUUACAGGCACUCAUAGUGCCAUCAAAAUGCUGAAUAGCAGAAUUAGAGUGCUACAUCACUAUCUUCUUUCGAUGCAGAAAGGUGAAAUACCUUGUGAGAAUUCACUGCUGAGACAAGUAUCAAGUCUUCUGAGAAGGUUGCCAGCCAUUGAAUCUGGAAAGUUCUUGGAUGAUUUCUUGAUGGAAUACAAUGAUACGUUGCUGAUUACAUACCUAGCCAUGUUCACCAACUGCUCAAGUGCAAUGAAUGAGCUAGUGGACAAAUUCAACACUUCUUAUGAUCGGCAUAGCAGAAGAGGUGGACGAACUGCUUUCUUCUGAUUGUUUGGUCUACUCUUCACCUGACUAUCUCAGUGAGUUGGAAUGGAAUGGAGUGGAAGUAGUUUUUUUUACCUGGUGCUGUUGUUUGUUGAAAUAUACAACAAGGCUUUAGAGCAAUUUGUUUAGAAAACAAUAGAGUGAGAGUGAGAGAUGGAAAUUUGUAUCUUUUUUUGUGUGUUUAACUUACUUAGCCAUUUCUUACUGGUGGAAAUGGAAAAAAUGGAAAUAGUAUGUGGUUACUUCAUGUUUUGAUUAGAAAGUUUUAAAGAAAAGAGCAAAGCAUUUGUAGCUAUUAUUAUUAAUAUUAUUAUGAUAAACCAAAAACAAAGAAAGAAAGAAACAAGCAUUGUAGUCUAUUCAAUUGAAUUCAUAGACAUACAUGUGUUGAGUUUUGAAUUAAAGAGAGAGCUCAGUGUUGGAGAUGAGAAUGCCAUCAGCAUCAGCAUACAACCACUCAGAAUCCCUAAGAAAAACACCAGCAAUAUGAAGAGGAACAUGCUUCUCACCAACACCUCUCUUGAAGGACUUAAGAGGAUGAGAAUUGAGAGCUCUAACACCAAUAUCACAACCAUUGAUCUCAUCCACAUCUCUGAUACAACCAUUGAGCACAAUCCCAGACCAACCCAUGUCAUGAGCCAGCAGAGCCAGGUUGCCACCCAGCAUCCCACAACGCAGGCUGCCCCCACCAUCGACCACCAGCACCCUCCCAUCUCCUCUGGUCUCAAGUGCCUCCCUCACAAGGGUGUUGUCCUCAAACACCUUCACAGUCAUUAUGGGACCUGAGAAUGAUCUCCUCUGUCCGUACAUCUUGAACACUGGCUCCAUGAUUCUCACCUCACCACUUCCCACAAGCCCUGCGUUUGUGUCACAUAGCUCAGCAGUUGCCACCAUCCCAGCCAUCUCUCAAAAUCACUUCUUCUUCUUCUUCUUCUGUUCUCAGUCAAGAGUUUCUUCUUCUUCUUCUUCUUUAUUGGCUUGUGUGCCCUCCUUUCCUCAUCUCAUUCAUAGUCAUCACCGCCUAACUAUAUCUAUUUUAUAUUUAUUUAUCUUC